UCAGUGUGUAUUAGUAUUAACAACGAAUCUAAUGAGUACACAACAACAUUUUGAAAUAGAUUUCUAAUUUACAAACAAAUAUAAUUUAUCCGUAAUAAAUAAAAAUUGUCAGUCAAACGUGCUGAAAAUCGUUUGCAAAAGCUAUCAAUUCAAAGAGACUUAUUGCGAGCUGUACAGCAACGCAAAAGAGCAAAAAAACUUUGAAAUAGACAGUGUUAAAUAGUUCUCCAUUUUACUUUUUUCGGUCACUUUGUGCAUUUUGUGACGUAGAAAAGGAUUUAUUUUUCUGUUGAAGGAAACCAAAAGAAAACCAACAUGUUCGGUUCAUUGAUGGGUGAUUUUGAGGAUGAUCCAAUUUUUGGUCAUCACAUGCGUUCGAUGCGCCAAAUGAAUAGUAUGAUGAGUUCAAUGUUUGGCGAUCCAUUUGGUGCAUUUGAUGCAUUGACUGGUGGUUUCGGUCCACAACAAAACCAUCAACAGGCUAUAGGCUUCGGCGGUGGUUUAAUGCCAUUUGGUUUAAUGCCAUCGAUGCCAAAUAUGAAUCGUUUGUUGACCGGUGAAGGAAUGGAAGCCAUUGGAGGGCCAUCGUUCUCAUCGAGUAGCGUAAUUUCAAUGACACAAGGUCCGGAUGGAAGACCGCAAGUAUAUCAGGCAACAAGUAGCACUAAAACUGGUCCCGGUGGCAUACGUGAAACACAAAAAACGGUGCAAGACUCACGAAGUGGUGUCAAAAAGAUGGCAAUCGGUCAUCACAUUGGCGAUCGUGCUCACAUUAUUGAACGUGAACAGAAUUUGCGCUCUGGCCAACAAGAGGAACGUCAAGACUUUAUCAAUUUGGAAGAGGAUGAGGCUCAAGACUUUGAUCGUGAAUUUACACAAAAGGCUCGUCAGGGAAUGCGAUUGCCAAAUGCCAUCAGCGAAGUGAGCAACGGAAGUGGAUCACGUCGACCAGUUCAAGCUAUCAUGCCAGCUGAUUAUAAUGCAAGCUCAACAUCGAAUAGAACCGAGGAUGCCGAACCAAAAGUAACAAUGCCACCGUCGCCUCCGCCAACGACUGCGUCGUCGUCGUCGUCGUCUGUACCAUCGGGUUCUCAAAUGCGUCGUGGUGUGCGUAUUGAUAAGCCGCACACGCAAUAUUCAAAAAAUCAAUCGAGAGCCAAUUUAGCAUCGCCAAGACGACCACUUCGCACGCCGACCUCAUCACCUCUAACAAUGAGUAGUGGUUUGAAUAAUUUUAUAUCGCCGCGAACAAGCAUUCACCCACAUCCAUACAACAAUGCAUCUCCACAGUCGCGACGUACUCAUCACCACCACAGACAAAUGAAAGAUAGAUCACAGCAGCACGUAAACAAUCAUCAACAUCAUGUACAAAUCGAGGAGCUGCCUGAUGAUUACGAUGAUGGUGCACAUAAUUCACGCCAAUAGAAAGUUUAUUCGUCUUAAAUUUAUAAAUAAUAUAUCUAUCUCAACUUCAUGGUUUUAUUCAACCGUUUAAGCACUACGAGCAUUACAUUAAAAACAAGAACAUUUUUGCUUCCUUUUGAUGAAAUGAUUCCAAUUUUACGUUCAGUUCAAUUUUAAGCCACACUCCACAUAUUGCAUCUAUUGCGAAAAUUCAUUGGCAAAAUUAUGGAACUGUCAAUUGACAGAAAAAAGAAAACAAACCAAACCACAUUUAGUUCGAACGGGUUCAAUAUUUGUAGUGUUCAACCACACAAUCUAUGACAAUUUUUUUCAUAUACAUUUAAAAGUAAAAAAAAAAAACAAAAUUUUAAUGGCAACUCGAGAAUCAAAGUAAUCAAACAUUCCGAAUGUAAAAGAAAGAGAAAACUUGUAUUCAUAAGAAUUUUCGGAGAAUGUAAUGACCUAUAGGUUCAUUUAAGCGCAACAUAAAUUGUUUUCAGUAGCAAAGUGCUUAAUGUCGAAUAUCAACCGCAUAACGACUGUAGAAAAACUCUUCAAAUGAUGUAAAAGAAAUGAAUUGGAUAACUUUGGAUUUAUUUCGACUUCUUCGGAAUUUCAUACUUGAAAAUAGUUGAUUUGCAUUGAACUAAAUCUAAGAAGAGAGAAAAAUAAUCGAUUUUAAUUCUGUGUGAAAUUUUUUUAUUUUUAGACAAAAAAAAAACAUCACAACAAAUGUUCAAAAUGUCCCAAUAUUUUCUUUCCCGCUUAAAAAAAUGCGUUUUAAAUUAAAUUUUUUUCUACAUGAAAUUAGGAGUAAAUGUGAAUAAGGAUUCAUUUUGAUCAUAAGAGGAGUAAUAGACAUUGAUUUUUCUUCAUUUCUCGGUGUUUGAACAUAGACACUGAGCAUAUAUUCUUCAAUUAUUUAUUAAAUAACUACAAAAUGAAAAAGAAGAAACAAACACUUAACAAUCUUACUUCGAUUAUGAAAAUUAAUCUCUCCUCAUACAUAUGAAUCCAAAUAAUAAAAUUUCAAAACAAAAAGAGUGAAAAAAAAAACCAUUACAUAAUGACAAAAAAAAAAGAA